CAUAAAAUGAGCUGACAGAUGUUAUGAAAUGUGAAGAAGGCCGGUCAGGACACAGCUUGACACCGGGUUCGUGGACUUUAUUUUAGAUUAUGUUUUGUAUGACGACAUUAUAGUUUUAAAUAUGCACUCUCAGAUCUUAUGUAGCGGCACCGCAGCGGCAGUGGCUGCCAGGAGAAUGCGGAAUAUUCUGGGUGCUGUUCUGGGAAGAGACGGCUGGAUGUGGAGAACACAUGAGGUCAGACUGCUCAACACAUCCUCAGGUGACACAGUGACGAUCGGAGAGAUCUCUUACAAACUCAAAACACCCCGGAAUCCAGAGCUUGUUCCUGUCAAACACAUUUCAGACUCGCUUCCGCAGACAGUGGCUCAGCACCUACGAUGGAUUAUGCAGAAAGACCUUUUGGGACAGGAUGUGUUUCUCAUUGGUCCCCCAGGACCUCUGAGACGAUCCAUAGCUAUGCAGUACUUGGAGCUGACCAGGCGGGAAGUCGAGUAUGUCGCCCUGUCCAGGGACACCACAGAGACUGACCUCAAGCAGAGGAGAGAGAUCCGCUCAGGGACGGCCUUCUACAUCGACCAGUGCGCUGUAAGGGCAGCAACACAAGGUCGAGUCCUGGUCCUGGAGGGGCUGGAGAAGGCAGAGAGAAAUGUCCUGCCUGUCCUCAACAACCUGCUGGAGAACAGGGAGAUGCAGCUGGAGGACGGACGCUUCCUUAUGUCAUCUGAGCGUUACGACAAGCUGCUGCAGGAGCACACCAAAGAGGAGCUGGACAGCUGGAAGAUUGUCCGUGUAAGUGAAGACUUCCGGGUCAUCGCUCUCGGCCUUCCUGUCCCCAAGUACAAGGGCAACCCGUUGGAUCCUCCUCUCCGCUCUCGCUUCCAGGCCAGAGACAUCUAUUACCUCCCGUUCAAGGACCAGUUGGAGCUGCUGUACACAGUAGGACCAAACAUUGCUGCAGAAAGGGUGUCCCAGCUGCUGUCACUAGCCACAACGCUGUGCUCCCAGGAAUCAUCCAACCUUGGCCUUCCUGACUUCCCUGUGGACAACUUGCUUCCUGCCCUCACUGUGCUGAAUGCUUUGCCCAUGCUGUCUUCCCAGCAGCUUGUCCAGAGACUUUACCCCUACAACAGCAUCCUGGGCAAGGAUGGGCGCACCGCUGUGGAGGGCGUGCUCAGUAGGUUUGAGCUUAUGGAUGGUCGUCGUCAGCCGGCACCCAGCGCCAUUUUGAGUGUUUCCAGGACGAAGGAUCUUGAAGGCCAUGCAGACGUCACAUUAAAGGUCGCAAACAAGGACGUCACCUUUCAGGUCCCAGCAGGCAUCAAGGAGCUGCGACCACCCAACAGCAGCGGGACCUUCAUCAGCACGCCGAGCCACUCCCAGCUGAUGGCUGAGAUGAUGCAGUCACACAUGGUGAAGGACAUAUGUCUGAUAGGAACCAAGGGUUGUGGCAAGUCAGUGAUCGCGAGGGAGUUUGCGGAGAUGCUGGGUUACAGUAUAGAGCCGGUCAUGCUCUACCAGGACAUGACAGCCAGGGACCUUCUCCAGCAGAGGUACACUCUCCCUAACGGAGACACAGCGUGGAGGCCGUCUCCUCUGGUCACUGCUGCCAUCGAGGGGAAGCUGCUGAUCCUGGACGGUAUACACAGGGUCAACCUGGGAACCCUGGCUGUGCUGUCUAGGUUACUCCAUGACAGGGAGCUGGAUCUGUACGACGGGACCAGGCUGCUGAGGUGGGACAGAUACCAGACACUGAAGGAACAACUGCAGUUCAGUGACCAGCAACUGCAAGAGAGGUCGAUCUUCCCCAUCCAUCCAUCAUUCAGGGUGCUGGCCCUGGCGGAGCCCCCCGUCGUGGGCGCCAGUACAAGCAGCAGCGGCAGCAGCAACAGCAGAGGUCAGCAGUGGUUGGGCCCAGAGCUGCUCACUAUGUUCCUCUACCACUCUGUCACCCCCAUGGCCAGAGCCGAGGAGAUGGACCUCAUACAGGGACUGACUCCUAAUGUUCCAAAAGAAGCAGCAGAGCAGCUCCUGCACCUCACACACAGCCUCCGCAAGACAAACGACCCCACAGCACAGUCUCUGGCCUCGUCUCUGUCCACCAGACAGCUGCUGAGGAUCUGUCGCCAUCUCUCUCAGUACCCCGAGGAGAGCAUCGCUCACGCUGUCAAUAAGGCCUGUCUUUCCAGGUUCCUGCCCAGCCUGGCCCGUGCCUCUCUUGAAAAAAGCCUCUCCAACUGCUCCAUAGAGGACACACCAGAUCCUGCAGAACACACUCAGGACUUCAGCUGUUCGGUGAAGGAUGGUGUGUUGACUAUCGGCAGUGUGUCUGCUCCAGUGUACAACCCCAAUGACAAAAUGAAGGUUCCAGACGUGCUCUUCUACGAUAAUCCACAGCACAUGAGGGUGAUGGAAGACAUGUUGAAAGACUUUCUAUUAGGAGAGCACCUCCUCUUGGUCGGAAACCAGGGCGUGGGUAAGAAUAAAAUAGUGGACCGAUUUCUGCACCUUCUGAACAGGCCCAGAGAAUACCUGCAGCUGCACAGAGAUACAACCGUCCAGACUCUGACCCUGCAGCCCUCAGUCCGGGACGGCAUCAUCAUGUACGAGGACUCCCCUCUGGUGAAGGCAGUGAAACAUGGUAACAUAUUAGUGAUUGACGAGGCCGACAAAGCUCCCACUAACGUCACCUGCAUCCUCAAAACCCUGGUGGAGAGCGGAGAGAUGAUCCUGGCCGAUGGACGUAGAAUCAUCUCAGAUCCACGUGAAGCUGAGGGGAGGCCCAACACCAUCGUCAUGCACCCAGACUUCAGGAUGCUGGUCCUGGCUAACCGGCCUGGUUUUCCCUUCCUGGGAAAUGACUUUUUUGGAGCUCUAGGCGAUAUUUUUAGCUGCCAUGCUGUUGACAAUCCAAAGCCCCACGCGGAGCUGGCCAUGCUCAAACAGUACGGCCCCGACGUUCCUGAUGCUACUCUGGAGAAGCUUGUGGCCGCCUUUGGAGAGCUGAGGUCCAUGGCAGACCAGGGCACCAUCACGUACCCCUACUCCACCCGAGAGGUGGUCAACAUCGUCAAACACCUCCAGAAAUUCCCUGACGAGGGUUUGGCCAACGUGGUGCGAAACGUCUUCGACUUUGACUCGUACAACAAAGACAUGCGAGAGGUUCUGAUCGAAGCGCUGCACAAGCACGGGAUUCCCAUUGGAGCCAAGCCCAGCUCCGUCAAACUGGCUAAGGAGUUGCCCCUCCCAGAGGUCAAGAUGACAGGAUACUGGACAAUAAACCAGGGUGGCAACGCUCGCCGCAAACUGCUCUGUCCCACUGAGACACGGCCCAUAGACAUCAAGGGUCCCGUGUUCCUGCGUGUUCAGGGUCACCCCUGCAACAGACAGGAAAGCAGGGCUUUGAGUUUCAGCGAAGAGAAAGCCCACUGGCAGAUUCCCAUGAAUGAGGUCAAUAUCAUCUGCGAUGUCACCACCAAAGAUGAUGUGCUGUACGUGGCCACGUGUAACCCCGUGUCCCUGUACUCCAUGAAGGAGCGCGGGGACACAAUUCAGUGCAUGGAGCUUUACGACAUCUUCCCCAGGACCAUCAGUGGCGUCUGGCAGCCCUUUGUCACCGUCGCUCCCCUGGGGAGGCCUCUGGAUGGGCAGGUGGUGCUGCACGAGGAGCAGAGCAACACAGUGCUCCAUUUGGACAUGGUAACAGGCGCCGUGCGCAGGCUCAUGCUGUCUCCAGACACCGAUCAGCCCUCCACCAGAGCCUCCAGCUGGUGGAGCAGUAAAGAACAACAGGGUGGGCACAAAAUGUGUCAUGACUUCGCCCACAAAAACUGGCUCCUCUUCUAUAAAGAGGAUGGCAACCAGCUGGAGGUGCUGGAUGUGCUGGAGGGCCGGGUUCACUCCAUCUCCCUUCCCAUCAACCUGAAGUCCGUCUUCCUCGUGGCAGAAGAUCGCUGGCUGCUGGUGGAGAGCAACACCAACAAGAAGUUCCUGCUGACCAAGCCCAUGCACAUGACGGCUGAAGACUCUGGAGUGUGUCAGCUCCACAGCAUCAGUGAGGAUGCAGUCAGCUCAGGCCACGGAGCCAGCUCAGCCGAGGUGUCCGUGCCCCAGAUGCUGUCAUGUGACCAGCUACCCAACGAGAACCUGAGCGCCGCUCUGGACCAGAAGAUUGUUUCUCCUAACCGGAUACUGGCCGACACCAGCUCCUUCGCACGGGUCGUUGUGGGCUUCCCAGACCUCGUGUCCCCUAACGAGGUGUACAGCUUUAAGAGGCCUCUUGACCUCUCCGAGAUGAAGAGCGCUGACAGCGGGGCUCACAUGUUCGUCAGAGGUGGGCUUCGGUCCAGCCCGCCCAAGCAGGAGAACUGUGUCAAUCUGCUCUCAGCCAAUCAGGUGGUCCGAGCCCUUCCACCCAGCAAGGUGCCCCUGAAGGAGGUCUACCCCAAAGACGUAACACCUCCGAUGACGGCAGCAUACCUGGAGGUGACCGACCUGAACUCCAAAAAAGUCAAAUAUAUUCCUGUACCAAGGUCGAUGUCUGUGUCGCCUUAUACCAGCUGGUUGUCCAAGGUUUCAGAAUCUGACGUGCUCAUAGCCGCUCUCGGUUCUGGAGGUGUCGCCACUGUGGACAUGGGUGGGUACGUCCGGCUCUGGGAGACAGGAUUGGACACUCUGCAGCGAUCGCUCAUGGAGUGGAGGAAUAUGAUCGGGACAGAGGAUGGCAGACCUUUACAGAUUACCAUCCAGAGGGACAGCGGCCUGGAUGUCACUGCGCCAAAACACGGCAAGAUCGACCCCAACAACGCUCCUCACGUUGGGGGAAACCAGUGGGCAGGAGGCACAGGCGGCAGAGACACGGCAGGACUCGGUGGCAAAGGAGGCCCCUAUCGGCUAGACGCAGGACACAAAGUCUACCAGGUGUCCCAGGCUGAGAAAGAUGCAGUUCCGGAGGAGGUCCGCAGAGCAGCCCGUGAGAUGGGUGAGAAAGCCUUCAAAGAGAGGCUGAAGGAGAUUGAUAUGAGCGAGUACGAUGCUGCUACAUAUGAGCGCUUCUCCAACGCCGUCAGGAGACAAGUUCAGUCUCUACGCAUCAUCCUGGACAGUUUACAGGCUAAAGGGAAGGAGCGUCAGUGGCUGAAGAACCAGGCUCUGGGAGAACUGGACGAUGCUAAAAUCAUUGAUGGACUGACUGGAGAGAAGGCUAUAUAUAAACGCAGGGGAGAGCUGGACCCAGAGCCGGGCACUCCGCAGCAGAAGCCCAAGCGUUUGCGGGUGUUAGCCGACGUGUCGGGCAGCAUGUACCGCUUCAACGGUGUGGAUGGAAGGCUGGAGCGCUCCAUGGAGGCUGUGUGUAUGGUCAUGGAGGCUCUGGAGAACUACGAGCACAAGUUCAAGUACGACAUUGUUGGCCACUCAGGCGAUGGCUACGACAUCGAGCUAGUCAGAGUGGAUAAAGUCCCCAAGAAUGACAAGCAGAGACUCAAAGUCCUCAAGACGAUGCAUGCCCACGCUCAGUUCUGCAUGAGCGGCGACUACACUCUGGAGGGCACAGAAACCAGCAUCAAGGAGCUGGCACGAGAAGAGGCCGACGAGCACUUUGUGGUGGUGCUCAGCGACGCCAACCUGGAGCGAUAUGGCAUCCGGCCCGAGCGCUUCGCCCGGGUCCUGACCUCUGACCCGCAAGUCAAUGCCUUCGCCAUCUUCAUUGGAUCCCUCGGUGAUCAGGCUGCAAGGCUCCAGAAGACGCUUCCAGCAGGAAGAUCCUUCGUUGCCAUGGACACCAAGCAGAUCCCGCAAAUACUGCAGCAGAUCUUCACGUCUACGAUGCUGUCCAGUGCCUAAGACUGACACGAACAAACACACGCUCACUUCUUAUCUCAUUUAAAACCUCAAAAUUUGUUCUGCAAGCUGUUUAACUUGUCAGACUUUGGGUUUAAGGUUAUCAAGUUGUGACCUGAGCCCACUUUCUGUAUCAGAUUAACUUUAUCCGAGCUGUAUCAGAUCUGAAGACUCGCCCUGAAGGGAGGAGACCGUUAUGUUUAUUAUUUAACAGAAGCCUUUCAGCACAAUCUAACAGCAGUGUGUUAGUGUGACACAGUGAAAUAAUACCUAGCUGCUCUGUAGUGUCCCUCGGGGAAUAGGAACUGUACAAUGCGCCUGUGAUCUUGUGUAUGACUCGACUGUAUUGGUAACUACAGUGGUAUUAUGAAUGCCUGGAGCCUGUCUCAGACCCCAUGUGGGGAUCAAACGCAUGGCUCAACCUGUUGUUUUUGUGUUUUUGGCCGACUGACGCACGCACACGUCUUCGUCCUGUUUUGGGUCGUGAAUACUGAGAAGGGAGGGGUCAUGAACUCCAAGCAGCCUCGCUCAUUUGGACUUCCUCCUCAUUUAUCGUCUGUCACACAGAAAAAGGCACAGACACACGCAGGGAGGGCGACACUGACGCGCCACCCGACCGACACUUGGAUGUGACGAGCGGCAUUAACUCGGCUCCUUUGGAAUGUGGGGACUGUGACUAGGGAAUUUCCCACCUGACUGCACACGCUCUUUAAAGGCGGCCGCUGUUGCACAACCCCCUGUCGUGUGUGUGUGUGUGUGUGUGUGUGUGUGUGUGUGUGUGUGUGUGUGUGUGUGCUCUCCUACAGCAUCUAUGUCAACACGCUCAGGCCCUUUCCUUCCUGGCUGCUGGACCUUGCGACGCCCCGCUCUCGUCUCAGUCCUGCAAGGAAUCUGAGAUCGCCUUUCAUCGCAGGACCUCCCACUCCUCUUUCUCUACACAAACACCUUCGCCACUGCGAGGAAAAUUCUGUCAGUGUGUGUAUAGUUGUGUGUAUUAACAGAUUAACUGCACACCGUCCUGUGUGUGUACAUUGUUUUCACCGCUCUGCUCUGUGACAUCAUGCUGUGCAGUCAGAGUCAUUCUCCUUAUCUGUGCCAACUUGCAGCCACGUGCAUCUGAUACUGUAUCAGUUCUGCCCCUGGUUGUGAUACAUGAUGUUCAUGCCUCGCUAUGGUGGCCCGAUAGGAUCAAUAGAACAGGCUGGCUGACUGUCAGUCUCCAUUGAUCCCUCUCUGAUGGAGGGAUGUCCCUGUUUAACCCACUUCCGUCUCCUCUGACCCUUUCUGCUGCUCUUUCUCUCGCUCCACUGAUCCGUACGAAGGCGUCAAAGUGACUUCAUAGGAAAAACUGGACGAGUUUCUCUGUAGACAUUUCACCUUCAUCAUAUGUUUGCAGUUGAAUCUUCAUAUUUGGGUGUGUAGGCAUUAAAAGUGUGCGUAGCAGCAUAUCAAAUCAUAUACAAUUUAAUCUUUUUAAUCUUAUUUAAUUGUACAUUGUUAUCACUCUGUAUGGAAAGAAUGUAAAAGUAAUGUACAAAGAUUUUAAUAAAUCAUGUUAACAUUG